UAUGAUUAACUUCCGCACUUUCGCAACUCCGAAAUCAGCUGGAGUAGUUGGAGUUACACGGGGCAUUAUUUGCACGUUUUCAGGCGAAGCUAGUGAGGUAGCCUGCUAUUCAUUUACCAAAGGUGCGACAAAUGUAACAUAGGCUAUUCCGAAGGAACCUUGUAGCUCUACGUGUGCAAGUUGCCACAAUGUUGCUCUUGAAAUGGGGUUUGCGCGCGGUUCAAAAGGCUGCACAUAGAAGUCCUCGACAUUGCUGCUACUGCACUGCAGUGAUGGCUGGUAAGAAGUCUGUUAAUGGAGUGGAGCUGUACUACCAGCAAACUGGGGAGGGGGACCAUGCAGUGCUACUGAUGCCUGGAGCGCUAGGAAGUGGAGAGACGGAUUUUGGGCCACAGCUGAAGGGUUUGGAUAAGAAGCGUUUCACGGUGGUGGCGUUCGACCCGAGAGGUUACGGCAAAUCCCGACCCCCCGCUCGAGACUUCCCCCCCGACUUCUUCCACAGAGACGCCAGAGACGCCCUUAAGCUCAUGCAGACUUUGGGCUUCGGUCGUUUUUCUCUGCUGGGCUGGAGUGACGGGGGCAUCACGGCCCUGAUCGCUGCAGCUCUGAGUCCUGCUAGCAUGAGGAAGAUGGUGGUGUGGGGAUCCAACGCAUACGUGUCACAGGAGGACCUCGACAUCUACAACUCGGUGAGAGAUGUGUCGCGCUGGAGCGAGCGCAUGAGGAGGCCAAUGGAGGAGAUGUACGGAGCAGAGUACUUCAAGAACACCUGGAGCGCCUGGGUGGACGGCAUCAGCCAAUUUACCCAGAAUCCUCAGGGAAGCAUCUGCCUUGAGCUGUUGCCGCAGGUCAGCUGUCCCACACUAGUGGUCCACGGCCAGAAGGACCCCAUGGUGCCCUCCUUCCAUCCCCAGGCCCUGCUGCGACACAUCCCCAACGCACGGCUGCACGAGAUGGCGGAGGGCAAGCACAACCUGCACUUGCGCUUCGCUGACGACUUUAACCGGCUGGUGCAGGACUUCCUGCUGGAGUGAGGUCAUCGGGGUCGCAGAUCAUUAGGUCGAAGACCUGUCACCUGGCCGAGCCGACACACGGAAUGAGAGCACAGAGAGGAGUGGAGUGGCGCAAUGCCAAGAAGAGGCAUUAAGGAUGAGCAGCUGACGCACAACAAGACCUAGGGAGGAGGCUCUGCUGUCUUACUGGGACACCAACAUUUUAUCAACAACAACUAAAGACUUCAUCAUUUUUGUAAAACACUAAUAUGUUCAGUGCUGUUAAUGGAUUGAACAGUUGACGAUGAUGCCCCAUGUCAAGGACACAUGUUGGGGGGGCGGCGGCGCGGGAGGAACACUCACGAUCAGUGACUUUUCACCCAUGCAAAGACACACCAUGACACGUUUUCAUAUGAAUAUUAAAUGAAUAAAAUAAAAAAAUAAAAAACAAACUCGCAAAA